AACAAUCUUUUUUGUUUGUUUGUUUCUUCUUUUAUGCAGAAAACGUUCAAUUUUUAAGCUAUCAAACCAUGGUCUCUCCAACUAUGGCCCCUUACUAUUAUUCUAGUGUUGAUGGAGACCCACACUUUAUGAUAGCUGUACCCCAGAAAAAAGAUGCCCUUUGUUUCAAUAUUAAUGAGGAGCCAGGGGUGGUGUUAAAUUUGAUAAGAGAUCCAGUUACAGGUGUUACCGUUAAUGGACAGCUUAUUGGAGAUAAAAAGAGCAUCAACAAUGUAAAACCACAGAAUACAUAUUUUGGAAAAUUUGGGAUUACAACUAUGAAUCGGAAUGUAAGGCUUGAAAUAACAACUCAAAAUAUCAUCCUUCAAAAUGGUAUGAAAAGGAGAGUAUUCAGUUGGUUUCAUGAAGUUGGCUUACAACACUCCGGUUUGACACUAAUGAUCAAACGAAAACAGAGCGUAGAGGUUUCAAUGGAUAAUGGAGCAAAGUUUAUUGUUGUUCUACACCAAGUGUGGAAACAUCCAGUACAUCAAGAUUUCCUGGGAUUUUACAUGAUGGAUAGUCACAGAUUAUCUGAACAAACCCAUGGUUUACUAGGUAAUACAAAGAUGUUAUUCUAAAUUUUUUUUUCACUG